AUCCACACACAGGGGCUCCUGCUGCUGUCUCUGGGAGGCUCUCCCGCACAUGCCUAGCGUGUUGCUGAGAUUUUCUUCUUUUUUUAAUAGUUAUUUGUUUGAUUACAGUGGUGAGUGAAGUUCCUAAGAAGUUGGGUACCAGACAAACAGCAGAAGAUGGUGCUUACCCUAAAUACCUUAGAGUAUAAAACUUGUUACCCUUUUGGAGUUAUCCUUCCAUAAACAAGAUUAAAUAAUUAUUUUUCUUUCUUGGCUUUUUUGUAUAAAAUUCAAACACAUACAUGGUAUCAUCAUCUGUUAUAGGAGUUGCUGGCUAAAUGAUGCUUUCAGCUUUUACUUCUCAUUUUAGAUCAAUCCCUUCUGUCCCCUCACCAUUUUUGCUCCUCCUCUGAACUCCCACAGUUUGUCAAUAUCUUUUAUUGUAGCCAGUGAGACACAUGAAGAAACACCCACAUCCCUUCCUUUUAAUCUUUCUCUGAGGAGAACUGACUCACCAAGUUCAGUUUGUGUGUGAAAAUAUCUCUAGUAGGAAGGAUAUUUUAGGUUGUAUAGCCUGGAAAGCUUCCUGUUUGUUUGUUCUGUGGGGUUAUUUUUUAAUUGUGGAAGUUAAGAGAGGAGUUAUCUCUCCUUCCCCAAGCAGUAGGAUAUUCUGCACCAGAGAACAUAUGCUAAAGGGUAGUGUUGCAGAGGCCUUACUCACAAGAAAUAUUGCAGUGAGCCUGAUUGCAGAGGUGUACACAUUUUUCAAGGCUUGAGUGUGGCGCUCAUUUAAGAGGAUGCAUUUAUGCCAGGUCACUGCUACAGUGAUUUGUGCUGGUGUGAUUAUAUCGCUCCUCCCAUUGUAGGGGAGCAUGGAACAUUUAGUCGACGUAAAUUACCAGAGGAGUUGUGCAGACCAGGAAGGCAGAGUGGAAAGGCUGGUACAUUUGAGUACUUUCACCAGGCCUUCUGAGGUUUGUUUUUUUUUUUUCUUGUAACCAUCACAAAGCUGUGCCAUGUCUAACACUAACCUUGAGGGUGUGCACCGGCUGUGCCCUUACUACAGGGAAGGGCCAGAAUUGCUCAGCAGCACAGCCAACUUCCCGUCACAGGGAGAUGGAAAAUUUCUUCGUGCCAGUGAUUUUUUUCUUUUUUUCUCUGGACUGGUGGUAUGCAGCCUUCCACGCUGCCCUGUCUCUGUUAUCAGGUGGAGUCAUGGACCCAUGAAGUAACAUCAUCCUCGUGUCCUAAUACUGCAGCAAGAUCUGCACUUCAGCCAGUGAUGAUCUAGCAUCUUCAUGUCUCCUGCCUCAUUUCAGGCAGCUGGGAUGAGAGAAGAUAAAGCCACUAACCCAUCUAACAGGCAAGAAGACUGGGAAUACAUCAUUGGAUUCUGUGACCAGAUCAACAAAGAACUUGAAGGGCCACAGAUAGCUGUGAGACUCCUGGCUCAUAAAAUCCAGUCACCACAGGAAUGGGAAGCAGUCCAGGCCUUGACAGUGCUAGAAGCUUGUAUGAAGAACUGUGGGAGAAGAUUUCAUAAUGAAGUAGGGAAGUUUCGCUUUUUAAACGAGUUAAUAAAAGUUGUGUCUCCAAAGUACCUGGGAGACCGAGUCUCAGAGAAAGUGAAGACGAAAGUCAUUGAAUUGCUGUAUAGCUGGACAGUGGCAUUGCCAGAAGAAUCCAAAAUCAAGGAUGCCUACUACAUGCUGAAGCGACAAGGGAUCGUUAUGUUUGAUCCUGUGAUUCCUGCAGACAGAACCCUGAUUCCUUCUCCACCGCCUCGUCCCAAAAACCCUGUGUUUGAUGAUGAGGAGAAAUCCAAGCUUCUAGCCAAACUGCUGAAAAGCAAAAACCCAGAUGAUUUACAAGAGGCCAACAAGCUUAUAAAAUCCAUGGUAAAAGAGGAUGAGGCUCGGAUUCAGAAAGUGACAAAACGCAUGCACACACUGGAGGAAGUAAAUAACAAUGUGAAGCUGCUGAAUGAGAUGUUGGUUCAUUACAGCAAGGAGGACUCGUCAGAAGCCGAUAGGGAGCUUAUGAAGGAGCUCUAUGAAAGGUGUGAAACCAAAAGACGGACAUUAUUCAAGCUGGCCAGUGAGACGGAGGAUAAUGACAGCAGUUUGGGGGAUAUUCUGCAGGCCAGUGACAAUUUAUCCCGUGUGAUAAAUUCCUAUAAAAAAAUAAUAGAGGGACAAGUGGUCAAUGGUGAAGUGGAUCUCCCUGUGAUGUCUGUAGUGGAAGGGAGUAACUCCACCAGUAAUCUCAACACCCUCAUUGACCUUGCUGGAUUGGAUGUCACCAGCACCCCGCCACCUCCAAUGCCACCCACCACCCUGACGCCAGCCCCCACAGUAGCCCCAGCAGAAAUCCCCAUUCUCCCACCUCCUCCCCAGACGGUCUCACAAUUGCGGAGCAGUUCCUCUAGCCAAGUGGAAGCCGCACCCGCUCAGCAGAGCAGCACAGCCAACUCCUUGUCCUUGCUGGAUGAGGAGCUUCUGUGCUUAGGCCUGAAUGAUCCAGCCCCUACAGCAGUGAAGGAGACAUCAGAAAACAACCAGUGGAGCAUGUUUGAGAAUGACCAGUUGGACCUGGAUUUCUUUAAUCCGAAGAUGGUGACUGUUGCUUGCAACCCUGCAGGGAACCCUCUUCUCCAUCACACAUCCCAGACCACGGGUGGAACGUCAGUCACGCUGCCCUCUGCUUUCACAGCCUCUCAGACCACUCCCAGCAUCCCAGCACCAAACUCAGCACCAUUUGUGUUCUCUGCUGUACCAGCUGCCCCUGCAGGGCCUCCUAAGACUACUCCAGCUGCUCCUGGGUACUUGAGCUCAUCUGUGGGGAGCAGUAUGUCACAUAAGAUGGAUGCAUUGGGACAACUCCUUGAAGAAGCCAAAGGGACUGCCACCCCAGGCAUGGCAACACCCUCGGUGUUCCCCGGGGUUACUUUGCCAACCACUGUUGCCUCUGCCCCGUUAAUAGCACCUGCAGGGCUUCCAGCCACUGCCCCUGGAGCCCCUCCAGUUCCUUUCCCAAGCAGCUGCACUGCUGGCUCAGGAAGUCCUCUCUUCCAGCCGGCAUCAUUCCAGCAGCAAGGCAGUCCCAUGAAAGCACCUGAAAUUUCUUUGGCCAAUGUCCAUGUUCCCUUGGAAUCCAUUAAACCCAGCAGUGCCCUCCCAGUGACAGCCUAUGACAAGAACGGCUUCCGGAUCCUCUUGCACUUUGCCAGGGAGUGCCCGCCGGGAAGGUCGGAUGUGCUGGUCGUGGUAGUCUCGAUGCUGAACACGGCACCACUUCCUGUGAAGAACAUCGUGCUGCAGGCUGCGGUGCCGAAGUCCAUGAAAGUGAAGUUACAACCACCCUCUGGCACAGAAUUGUCUCCAUUCAAUCCCAUCCAGCCGCCUGCUGCCAUCACCCAAGUCAUGCUUCUGGCAAAUCCUACAAAGGAGAAAGUGAGGCUGCGAUACAGACUGACCUUCACCCUGGGAGACCAGCCCAGCACAGAGGUUGGCGAAGUGGAUCAGUUUCCCCCGGUAGAGCAGUGGGGGAAUCUAUGACCCUAGGACACUGCCAGAGACUCUGUGACAGGACCAGGAAAGGAUCCCACAGGACUGGAAUGAAUGUGACGUGGGGAGGGACACACACGCUAUCCACUGGUGAUGUUCCGCUUUGUUUACAUGUCCUGACCACUCUGCUUGUAGCUUUAGUCCAGAAUGUUUUGCCCCCCAUUGAAGGGGUCCUGGAACAUUUACGCCAAGCAUGAACUGAGUGGCAGCCAGUAACAGGCCCGGCUGGCUGCUUUUAUCUUGACCUCUGGGGGAAUCUGGUUCUAUCUUCCACUCUAUUAAACUUGAAGUUACUGUGUUUUGAGGGGAGACCUGUCAGCAGAAGGGGCUUUAGUUGGCUUGUUCCUGUACUGCUGUCCGGAGAUACCUACAGGCUGGUGGGGUAAUGAUGCCUCCGUGAGCUCCCUCAGUGCAGAGCCCUUACGCGUGCCCUCCCUCUGACUUUUACCUCCUCAGUGCCAGACCGGGCCCGCUAAGCAUGUUGAGCAAUAAUGCUGGCUCCGUGAGGGAACGCUGAUUUUUUUUACACUGAAAUGGCACUUCGCUCCCUUCCUUCCCCUCCGCUGCUUCGUUCCCAACGGCCAAUGUAAGCAGACCCUCGCUCUGUGUUGUGCGACACUGCUGUAUCUUUAGUUGUUAUAUUUAUUUUAGCUGCCAGCCACCUCCCUGUUGUAUCCGUUCGGGGCAGCUGGGGCUGAGUUUUGUAUGCAAAUGGUUAGGAUGGUUAUUUUUCUGCCUUCCUUGCAUUCCAUAGGGUGGGGAAAAGAGGAAAUGGGCAGUGAGGAGGUGAACAGGGCUGGAAAGGAGUGGUCUGUGUUGGUGGAGGACAGCACCUGGAGCACAGACGCGUCUUUACAAUCGCUAAUCAGGUGCAGUGACUGAAUCCAGGGACAAGGAGAGAUGCCUCUCACGUCCCCUCACGCAGGCAGUAUUAUUAUUGUAGUUGAAUACUGUGUUUUAUUGAGAUGAGUACAAUGAAAUACAAGAUGUAAAUAAUAGAACUAUAGGAUAUCUAAAUAGAAACAAGCGGACAGUGAAAGGAAGGGAGGCUCCACUGGGCCGUGAUGAUGCAUGUGCUGGGUUUCGUGCCCUGUUUUAUUUGUUCCCUGUAUUAAGUGGCUAAGUGCAAUUGUCUCCGCAAGGGGCAAAGCAGUUUUGCUGGACAUCAGUGUUCUGCGCUAACAGGGGGCAGAAGAGCUGACCCCUCUAGCUCCAGUCUUACAGGAACUGGGUUUAAAUCACCACAACUUGAUUCUGGCAGUCCCUUCCUUCUCCCUCUCAGUUUCCAAUCUCAAGCAGUGCCUCCGCUAGCUUUGAGACGGACUGUUUUAAAUGAACAUGGUUUUUUAACAGCCAUUGACAAAAGCACAGACAGGGCAGGUCCUCGGACAUGCAGCUCAGCGUUUCUGGCAGUGCUGUCGAGCCGCAGCUCUCACCAAGCCAUGAACUGGAGCAGCCAGCUCAAGCGCUGAGAAAAUCAGCAGGAGGAGACCCCUGCCUGUUGUAGGAAGAAAACUCCAGAGGAGGAAGUGCUGCUGGAAUUAAUGGCGGCUGUAAAACCCGUUACUGCAAAUGCAGCUUGGAGGUAUUUAUAGUUGAGUUUUCUUUACUGUGUUGCAAAGUAAAAAUCAAUAGAGGUGAAAAACUCAGCGGAUUCAGAGGCCUGAGGCCCUAAUCAGAGGCACCAGGCAGUUGCAGGAGCUCUGAAUGUGGAAUCAAAACUCGGCCAAGGAACCUGCUGUAAACUCCUGGUCUGAAGCGCAUGAAGAGCCCAGCCUUGUCAGCUCCCUGCUGUAGAGGGCAGGUGAGAGGGGUGGGCACACUCUCUGGAUCCUUAAAGAAAGCGGUCUGAAAUCGAUGGACUAGGGUAGGAGACAAGGAGAGAGUUCUUCCUGCCUCAGACACGUUCUUGCCAGCACUUUAGACGCAGUAGGCGUGGGGCAGUGCUUAGGCCGGGGUAGUGUGUCCCGAGGAAGCAGGUUUCACUGCUGGCGGUGCCUACGCGUGAAUCUCACUGUGACUUUGAGGAAGCCAGAAGAGCACACGUGCUCUCUGCGGAAUGGUUUUGUUCUCAGUGUUAACGGCAGCGCGCUGCCCGCGCUGUACAGCCAAAUGGAAAGAUGCCGUAGUCUUGCUGUGCGGAAACACAUUGUUAAAAGCUUUGGAAAUUAAACUAUGAAUGUUCCUUGUGUGUAGGGUGAGGUUCCUGCUUCAUACCGAACAGCCGUACCUGUAUAUACAUCUCAAAUGCAUUUGUUC